AUGGUUGUCGGAAAGUUGACUGGCUUGGAAAGACGGAUUGAAGGUUUGGAGUCCAGUGGUGGGGGUGAUACAAGAAUCAGGCGUGAAUUGCAGGAGCUGAAGAAUAAAGUUCGAGACCUCACUACUGAAGUGAGAGAUAAGGACGCUAUUAUUGAUCGUUUGGAAAGUAGGAUGGAUGAAAUGGAGGAAAGGGCCACAGAUUUGGAAUUUCGACGUGCUCGUCAACUUUAAAUCUAAUAAAACACUCCUGCUCGUUUUUUAAAUAGUACAUCAACACGGAAAAUGUUUUAUAUUUGUUAAGGAUAAACUAGAGUGUAACUGCGUAAUAAGCGUAUAUAAUUACUGACCGUCAUAAUAACCUAUUGUUUUCUCUCUGCAUUAUAUCAGCGCAUGUCGAGAAGUUUUAACGUGAACAUCUCAAGAUGAGAAGGUGACAGUGCCUCAUACAAUAUCAUCAGAAGCACUGCCAAAACGGUUACUGUGAGACUGUGUCACUGUGAGUCCUUUCAGCUCAACUUUAUAGAGAAAUAGUUUCGUUUGCGCUUGUGGGAUUUUAUCCUAGAUAUACGCAUGUGCAGAACACACCAUAAGUUCUAUUCCCGUGUUUAUCCAGUUUAAUACGCUCUUUGAACUAACCUUAUCAUUAAUGAUAAUAUGUAAACUAGAACACUAUAAUUGACCUCCGCUUGUGGAGAUUUUAAUUUAGGGCGAUUAAUUAAACUGAAAUCUGUUCUAUCACGAUGCAUUACAUGCAUGUCCUCACAAAUGUCUAGUGGCGUUGGAUAGAUUCAUUGUCAUCCGGUCCCAACAAGCAGCAACGUAGUCUUCCAGCCGAAAAUAAUUAUUUUUGAUUCGGAUCAGUAAUUAUAAUAGAUAAUUACUGAGGCCAAACGGCAUUAUUCGAUACAUUGCAGCCAGCUUCGGCCUUCGGCCUCAGCUAGCUGCAAUAUAUCGAAUAAUGCCGUUGGCCUCAGUAAUUAUCUAUUAAGUAACGACUAACGAUGAUUUAGAAAGGCACAAACUAGAUUUAUAUAUGAUACCAAUGGACCUUUCCCCUCAUAACUAAAAUUUCGAUCUAGACAAAAAUUUCAUCACAGCUUGAAAGAGCAUCACAAAAUUAGUAAUAUUCCAAUUAGUUUUGUUGCAAAAUCUUGUAAAAUGCGGAUAAUAUAGCCUUGCGAAGUUUGCCGUUUUUCCGUCAUUUUUUAUUACAAACGGGAAUUGACAUCCGAUUCGGGCGUUGGGGAUGCAAUUUCCCGUUUGUAAUGCAAAAUGACUGAAAAUUGCAAACUUCGCAAGGCUCUAUUUUCCUCAUUGCAACGAAACUUUGGAAUAUUACUAAUUUUGUGAUGCUCUUUCAAGCUGUGAUGAAAUAUUUGUCUAGACUUGCCUAGAUCAAAAUUUUGGUUAUAAGGGGAAAGGUCUAUUGACUUAGAAAUUUUACUUGCAACAUCUGAAAUAUGAGAUUUCCACCACACAUUUUCAUCUAAAAUGACACCAAGGAAAGCAACCUCUUUGACCAUUCGUUAAAAGCAAUUCUUUGACCAUAUUAAUUUUAUGAUCAUUCAACUUUAUCAGCAAAUCAAUAUUCGAUCUUUUCUACCUGGGUUUAUAAAUCAUAUAAUUAGAUUUUUUAAUAUUGUUAUAAUAAUGUGUGUAAUUAUAUUGUGUUAUAUGUGUGCUGUGUAUGCGUGCAGUAAACCGUGAACAGAAUAUAUUAAAGUACAGUGAACAAAAGCAUGCAAAUUAGUGUGACUGUGGCUGUCGAGCGGCAAGGUUGUUAACUUGCUCGCUGUAAGUUUAAAUAACGUUUUUAAGUUUAUCUCGGGUAUAACUAAUUUAACGAACUUGGUACGUAACAUUUUGGCGACCCCGCCAGGACUACAAAGAUGAACACUCGGGCUACGAAGAGAGAUUUUUCAGACGAUGAAGAACCCGACCUGAAUGAGCGUAAACAAACCGGCAGCAUUUUAGACGAGUUGAUUAAGCAGCGACUGCGAACAGUUAUCGAGCAAAACGACGUACAUAUGCAACAGGCAGAGAGAUCAUAAGUCAGUACGAAGAAAGAAUCGAGGAAAAACAAGAGAAUCUCGUCACAAGUGUGGGGAAAGUAAACGGCGGUAUUGUUGCUCUGGUUGAAAGAAUAGAGACAAUCGAAAUGCGGGAUAACGCGUGGGAUUUAAACGAGAGUAAAAUCCAGGCAGUUAGUGCGGAACUAACGACUCGCGUUCAAGCAUUAUUUACGAACGAAUUAAAGUCGGCUGAUACAAGUGUCAGGAGAUAUGUUGGAGAAUUGGAGUAUCAAAACCGAGAACUUUUUAAAAGAAUUGAACGCCUGGAAAACGAAAUGUUGAGUCUAAAGGCAUCUCUGACGUCUAUGACAGAGCGCACUGAAGUUGG